GUUUUAUUGCGCAGCUGUUUUUGACAGCAAAAGUGAAUAAUAGAAAGACAAUAAGACUAUUUUAUUAAAACAUAAAUUAUAAUUAAAUAAUAUUAAAUAACAAGAUAAAUACGUGCUUAAUUAAACAAUUAAACAUUUACAAUGUUACAUAAUAUCUAUAAAAGAGCAUUCCACCUUUCUGCACCCAAACGAUAUAUAAAACAUUUUGCUACACUUGCAACAUCCAAUAUAGCUGAAGAGAAAGACUAUAAGGCCGAUACAGAUGAAUUAACACAACAGCACUGGGAUGAAUUUACCAAAGAGUUUAUGCAAAAUCGCAUUGAAAUGACGCCAUUUCAAAAAGUUCUUUUGGCAGCUGGUUCAUCAAUUGCAGCCUUAGUGGAUCCAAGAAGACACGAUAUGAUUGCUUGUUUGGGUGAGACGACCGGUGAACAAGCUUUACAAAACAUUUUGCAUACAAUGAAAUCUAGCGAGGAAGGCCAACGUAUAUUGCAACAUAAACCACGUAUUAACACACGUACUGUUGAUAUCGAGAAAUUGCGUCAUAUGCCAGAAAAUUCAUUAGGACGUGCUUAUGUUAAAUUUUUAGAUGAUAAUCAAGUUACUCCAGAUUCUCGUAUGGAAGUGCGUUUUAUGGAUGAUCCCGAAUUGGCUUAUAUAAUGACUAGAUAUCGAGAGUGUCACGAUUUAGUUCAUACAAUACUCGAUAUGCCCACAAAUAUGCUGGGCGAAGUGGCUGUUAAAUGGUUUGAGGCUUUAAAUAAUGGUUUACCAAUGUGUUAUGGUGGUGCAAUUUUCGGAGCAAUGCGUUUGAAGGCAAAAAAUCGAAAAAGUUACAGGAAUGAUUAUUUACCGUGGGCAAUUAAAAAUGGUAAACAUGCUAAACCUUUGAUGUCUGUGUUCUGGGAGGAACGCUGGGAACAAGACAUUGAUGAAAUAAGAAAAGAACUAAAAAUUACCAAACUUAAAUGAAUGCAAAUAUAAUAACGGUUUUCCCAUCUUAACAACACUGUUCUUCUUCUCAAUGAUCAUGUGGCUGCAAACAGUUGGCAACACUUUUGAUGAUGUAGUCAUUUUGACAUUUACAACCAGAAUUCUCUGCUCUCACCAAAUUUAAUAAUUCUGUUUUAAUUUAUGCCAUCUCUUAUGUGGUAGUGAUUUGUUUGAUUUUGUUUGCAUUUUUAAUUAAAUUUUUUUUGUUUAAUUAAUUACAUAUUUAUAAAUAAAGUUGUUUAUAAUAGAAAAUAAUAAA